AAUCAUUGACCUGCUCUCCGUCUUCCUGCUCUCUCAGAUCUUCAGUGUGUUUCAGUCGGUCUGCACUCCUCUUCUCUUCUCCUCUUCUCCUCUUCCUCCAGACAGAGCGAUCAUCACUCCAUCAUGUGUUUCCUCUCCUCCGUCUCCUUCGCUCUUCUCCUGAUCUCAGUGUGUCCAUCAGAAUCUCUUCUCCAGGGUGAUUCCUCCAGUGUGUGGCUGCAGCGUCUGAACGGGACGCACCAGCAGACGGGUGUGUUCCCCCGCGGGUUCCUCUGGGGCAUCGGCAGCUCUGCGUUCCCUACCGAGGGCUCUUGGGAUGCAGACGGCAAGGGUGCAUCAAUAUGGGACCACUUCACCCUUCAGUCUCCGGCAGGAGCGUCCAGCGACAGCUACAUCCAGUGGGAGGAGGAUCUGAAAGCAGUUCAGUUUCUAGGUGUUGAUUUCUACUCCUUUUCUCUGUCGUGGCCACGUCUUUUCCCUGAUCUGACUUUGAAUCCUAAUCCGGCUGGAGUUGAACACUACCGCAGGUUAAUCAGGAAGCUGAAGGAGCUGAACGUGGAGCCUGUGGUGACUUUAUUCCACUGGGAUCUCCCGCAGGUCCUGCAGGAGCGUCUGGGAGGCUGGCUGAACUCCAGUAUGGUGGGUGUGUUUGCGGAUUACGCCGAGUUCUGCUUUCGGACGUUUGGGGAUGAGGUUCGAUUCUGGAUCACGAUGCACAACCCGUUUUUGGUGGCGGUGCAGGGGUACGGGACGGGCGCUCACGCUCCGGGGGUAAAAGGAGAGCGCGGUGACCCCUUCAUCGCCGCACAUAACCUCAUCAGGGCUCAUGCUAAGGCGUAUCACGUCUAUGAUAAACUCUUCAGAGCUCGUCAGAAUGGUAAAGUGUCCAUCAGUCUGGGCUCUCACUGGGUGGAGCCUCUUCACGGCCAGGCCACGCCCACCAACCUGGAGCUCUGCCAGAAGUCCAUGGAGGCCGUGAUUGGCUGGUUCGCAGAGCCCAUAUAUGGCAGUGGAGAUUAUCCAGAAUCCCUGAAGUCUGCAAACCGAGGUGUGAUCCCAGAGUUCAGUGCGGCGGAGCGGCUCUGGGUGAGGGGGAGCGCAGAUUUCUUCUCGGUGGCGUUCGGGCCGGAGACGCUGCGUGUGAGCCGGGGACUGGCACGAUUCGGCCAGACGGUGGCGCUGGAGCUCAGGAGUGUGCUGGUGUGGGUUCAGCAGGCGUAUGGGGACCCAUUGGUGCUGGUGGCCGAGAGCGGGUGGUUCUCUGAUGCUUCUGUCGGGGUCGAGGACACACUCGCCAUCUACCUCAACAAGAGAUUCAUCUUACAGGUCAUGCAAGCGGUGUCUGUGGACGCAGUGAGGGUGUUUGGAUACACAGCCUGGAGUUUGCUGGAUGGUUAUGAGUGGAAUCAGGGCUUCAGUGUGCGGAGGGGUCUGUUUUACAUCGAUUUCAGUCAGUCUGAGCGCCGCAGAGUCCCCAAGACCAGCGCACACUUCUACAGACAGACAGUCCGAGACAACGGCUUCCCUGACACUGACACAAAACACAUCCAGGCCCGAUUCCCCUGCCACUUCCAGUUUGGGGUGUCCGACUCAAUAUUACAGGUGCGUCUGCAUCCGUUCUCACCUCAGUUCACAGACCCACACCUGUACCGCUGGAAUUUUUCCGGUGACGGAUCUUUAAAGCCGGUAAACGGGAUCAUCCUGCACACGCGGCCGGCUCAGUGCACUGACUUCCUCUUCAUCCAGCGGCAUCUGUUUCUGCUGGGGGUCACGGGGUCAACACACUACCGCUUCUCCCUAGACUGGACUCAGCUAUCGCCCUCUGCUGGACACCCGGAGACACUGCGCUUCUACAGGUGCGUGUUCAGCGAGCUCCAGCGGAGAGGGAUCCAGCCAGUCGUGACUCUUUAUCACCCCAGCUACAGGUCUUCAUCUCUGGGUUUACCUGAAGCGCUGCAUGCUAACGGCGGAUGGAGGAACGCUAGCACUGUCGAUGCAUUCGUGCGCUACGCUACAUUCUGCUACCGAGAGUUCGGUGCACUGGUGCAUAUGUGGAUUACUAUUAAUGAGCCCAAUCGAUUAACGGAUGCGUAUAGCGGAAGUGCAGAUGAUAGACGAGUAGUCGCACGACAUCUGCUGCUGGCGCAUGCGAAAGCCUGGCGUGCUUAUGAUGUGUAUUUUCGCAAACAGCAGGGGGCGACGGUGAGUUUGGCGCUUCACGCUGAUUGGGUUGAACCGGCGAACCCGUUUUUGGAGUCACACAAAAAUGCGCAGCAGCAUUUCUUAUUGUUUGAACUGGGACGAUUCAUAGAUCCACUAUAUAACCAAGAGAGCUCCUCGUCUACUCUGAUUGGCUGGAGUGACGAUGAGAGGGAGGAGCUUAGAGGAGCGCUGGACUUCAUCGCUCUGAAUCACUUCACUACGCGUUUGGUUUCACCGUGGGCUCACCUGAAAGCAUCAACGCCAGAUCAUGGGUGUUCGCUGAUGAACGAUGUCAACUGGCAGACCUCGCAGAUGGGGCAGGCGCUGGUACCCUGGGGGCUCCGCAGGAUGCUGGGAUGGGUGAAGAAUCGCUAUGGCAACCGCCUCCCCAUCAUUAUCACUGCAUCAGGAGUGGAUGAUCAGGCGGCCUAUCAUGACCAGCUGAGACAGAGUUAUAUCAGAGACUACCUGCAGGAGGCGCUCAAAGCUCGUGAGCUGGACGGCGUUAAUCUCAGAGGCUUUUACAUCUGGAAGCUUCAGGAUCAUCAUGAUCUUCAGUUUGGGCUCUUCAGCUCCGCCGCUCAUCAUUCUCGGCCCAAAGCAUCAGCGAGUUUGUACCGGGACAUCAUCUCCCACCGCGGAUUCAUUUCAUCCGGCGACCCCUGUCAGAGCGCAGAUGAGGACGGGACGAGCUGUGAAAUCUGCGCACACAUCGCGGAGAACAAACCCCUGCUGUUCUUCAGUGUGUGUGUGUUCGUGAGUGUGUGUAUGAUCUGUGUGCUCAUCAUUCUGUCUGUGCUGAGGAAGAGGAGGAGGAAGAGGAGAAAGACCCUCAGUGUCCCACAGAGGGUCCCUGUCCCGCAGAGAUUCCCCAUGAUGAGGGUCACACACAGGCUGCGCCACUGAAACACACACACACACACUCACAAUUUUCCUGUGAAAGUUGCAUUGUUUUUUUAAUAUUUCUCAAAUUAUGUUUAACAGAGCAAGGAAUUAUUUUAUUAUUUCCUAUAAUAUUUUCACUUAUUACUUAUGUUAGUUUGGCAGAAAUAAAUGCAAUUUCUGAAUUUUUAUAAACAAUUUUUAUGUCAAUAUUAUCA